AUGCCGCUGAAUAUUCCUGGGCUGCUGGCGCCCUUUCAGUUGAUCUUUUAUCCUAGACUGGUACUUCCUCAUAUUUCUGUCAAAGAUAUCCGCCACCUGGACUUCCGGGCACUUAAGAAAGCUGGAUACCGCGGAGCUGUAUUUGACAAGGACAAUUGUCUGACAAUACCUCACAAGGAUACACUCGUCCCAGAACUACAGGAAGCCUGGAAAGAAUGCUUGGAAACCUUUGGCGACGGUAACGUCGUUAUUGCCGAAUCCGUCUCCCAUCACCUCCGCGUCCCAGUUCUAGUCCACAGCGCCUUCAAGCCCGCCUACUCCUGCAUAUCAGUAAUUCGGUCCUACUUUGCUUCACUGCCCAACCCAGUGAAGAGCCACGAACUCAUCGUUGUCGGGGACCGUAUCUUCACAGACGUGAUCAUGGCUAAUCGUAUCCGGAAGUCCUCAGAAAGAAAAUGGAGCCCGCCUGCCCUCAAAUCCUCUUUUUCAUCUUCAGAAGAGAAGAAAUCCGAAGCAGCGUCUGAUAGCACCGGUGCUGCCACAGCUAGCGGGCCUCUGGCGAUUUGGACAACAGGAGUCUGGAAGAAAGAAUCAAUGGUGAUGCGGUACCUCGAGGAGAGCUUGGUCAAAGCCGUGGAUAAGUGGUCCAAGGGCGAACGGCUGGAUACCUCGAGGUUCAUCAAGGAGAUGCCGAAACCCGAGGUCAAGCCUGCGAAAACCCCCUGGUAUGCCCAGCUGCUGUCACGUUCCUAG